GUUAAAUGUUACAUUUUUCAUUAAAGUAUAAAACUAGUUAAUUGUUACAUUUUUCAUUAAAGUAUAAAACUAGUUAAUUGUUAAUUUCUCAUACAAUGAUGCACGAAAUUUGACUGGUAUGGCUAACUUACUUGUUGAAGAAAAUUUGUCUUAUUUGUUUUCUGAAAGUCUUGCUUUUAAAGAUUAUGCACAAACUUGUUUAAAUCCUCAAUUUAGAGGUUAUAGUCGCAAAACGGUUAAGAAAGAAAUUAUAAGGAUUUAUCGUGCGGAAAAGGAUAGGUUACAAUUGUUUUUUUGCAAACUUUGAUGGCCGUGUUACUAUUUGUUCGGACAUUUGGGAGGAUACUUAUCAUAAUUUACAUUAUUUGGGUCUGACUGCACAUUUUAUUGAUAAUGAUGGGAAUUUGCAUAAACGUGUUCUUGUUUUUCGUGAAUUUAAUGAUCGUCACACCGCUGAACAUAUUUAUAUUUUGAUUGAACGUAUUUUAAAUGAGUAUAAUUUGAUUGAUAAGGUGUUUGCUAUAGGUUUUGAUAAUGCUACUAAUAAUACUGCUGCUAUACCUAGAUUGCGUGAAUUGUGUGCUUCUAAUACUUUGAUGGGUAGAUUUUUCAUCAACGAGGUGCAUGCCAUAUUAUAAAUUUAUAUGUGCAAGACGGUCUAAAAGCGUUAGAAGAUGCUAUGGAGGUAGUCAAUGGGAGAUUAGAUGUAUUUGGGGCAAUGGUCAACUUAAAUUAAAAUGGAAAAAUUAUUUGAUUGAAAGAGGUGUGCAAUAUGUUGCUUUUCCUAAAGAUUUGUCUAUUCGCUGGAAUAGUACUUAUAAAUUAAUUAAAGUUCUUCUUAGAUAUAAAGAACAUUUUCCUACUUUUUUAAGACAAUAUGAUAACUAUAUUUUAAACUCCGCUCACAUCGACACUUGCGAAAAAAUUUGUAAUGUUUUGAUAAUUUUUUUUAAUAAUGCAACUGAAAGGUUUAGUCAUGUUUAUAAACCUAGCUCAAACGAAUUUAUUCGUGAAGUUGUUAAUCUCGCAGGUGCUUUUAAUGAAUUUGAGAAUGCCGCUUACGUGAGUUGUUUUUGUGGUUUUAUGAAGGAAAAGUUUUAAAAUAUUACGCUCAUAUUCUGCAUAUUUAUGGUAUUGCAUUUAUUCUCGAUCCUCGUUAUAGACUUGGUAAUUUGGAAGAAUGUUUGAAGUUCUAUCAUCAUGCUUUUUUUGGUCCAUUUCCAAUGUAUGAUGAUAACGCCAUAGAUCCGCAAGUUGAAUACAACGAGGUUAGUAAUUUAUUUUAUGUCUUAUUUAAUGAGUUUCAUGCACAAUAUGGCAACGCGCCCCCUCUCCCGACACAAACAUCUUCAUCUAAAGGAAAAUCACUUUUUAAAUAUGCUUUUGGCAAUCUUAUGAAAAAAACUAAAACAACUCACACUACUGAACAAAGCGCACUUAAUGAGAUUUCUUUGUAUAUAAAUUAUGAGGUAGAUUUUGACGAAAAUGAUGAGUUUGACAUUCUAAAGUGGUGGAAGUCAAAAGAAAGAAUGUUCCCGAUUUUGGCACAAAUGGCUAAGCAAGUGCUAUCAAUGCCGGUUUCAACAGUUGCCGUGGAACAAGAAUUUAGUUCGGCCGACAACGUUCUAACAGCAUCUAGAACGAGUUUGAGCGCAGAGUCUCUUGAGACGCUUAUAUGCUACCACAAUUGGUUGAAGGCCAUACGUAGAACUCAAGAAAUUAGCAUCACCCCCUCCCAAGACUUUAUGGAUGAAUCAACAACCGAGGGUGGCUCCUAUGCCGGAGAUUCCGAUUGAUUAGUAUUUUACAAAUUAUUAUAAAAUGUAUUUUAUGUUUUAAUUUUU